AUGACCCAGGCUGUGCUGCUCCUUUGCUGUGUCUUGCUGUCCCAAGUGGCUGCCUUUCCAAGAAAUGCCCAGGAAGGGGCCCUGAACUUCCAGCCAUUUUUCACAGAAACUGGGCAUCCUCUGAACGUGCUCUCCAACCAGAUCCCUCUCCCAGAUCCCCAAACUUGCCAGGAUCUCUUGCACACAGUCCCCUCCUUAGCCCCUGUCUCUGAGUACCUAUCCAACUUAGCUCUGGAGGUGGCCCUGGAGGAGGUUGGUUGCACAACCAAGGCCCACAUUCUGCAGCUUCAGCUUGUUAAGAUGGGAGGAAAGGACACCCCUGAAACCCUCAUCCGUGAGAGCAAAAAGCACAAUAAGGGAGAAGGGAUUGGCAAUUCUAAGGUCAUUCUGAAGGAUCUGGGAGGAUCCCUAGGGGAGCUUAGGUGGGUGCAGCGCUCAGUUACCCUUCCUGAGGCACAUAGGCAGGAACAUAAGUGGGUGCUCUACGAGACAGCGCAACUGAUAGUUGAAUUUGCUGAGAAGCUCCCUUCCACUGAGCUGGUAACAGAGUUAAAGACUUCUGCCAUUAGUGUCACCCGGAAGUGCACGGAUAAAUCUCGGGAGCAUUUGGAAGCAGUAGGCAAACAGCUGAUGGAAAGCCCUGAGAUUAAAGACUUCACAAUGCCUAUGGAAGAUCAGAUAUACUUUGUCAAGCAUUCCACAACCAUUCUGACGUGCCUUAUACUGGGACUAAUACAGAAACAUUUCCAGACAUUUUUUGGAUAG